AUGGCUGCGGGGAAAGAUGUCGAUGAAAACACUCAAAAUAGAAGAGGUACAGUUUGUAGUAUGGUGAUCAAUCGUGAGGAAUCCCCGGGGGGCUCUCGUGCCGGCCGACCACCAGUCAUCUUCAAUCCAGACUUUUUUGUGGAGAAACUCCGCCAUGAGUGCCCGGACGUUUUCCUGGAGCUGGUGCUUAGUAACAUUACUCGCCUAAUUGAUCUUCCUGGAACAGAGUUUUCCCAGCUCCUCGGUGAGGAGGGCCCUAAGACCCCGACAGGUGGAAAUGGAGGCUUCUUUCGUUCUUUCAACUUCCUCAAACGCAAAGAUAAAGACGUUGUGUUUGGAACCCCACUGACAGAAAGCUGCAUUGCCCAGAUCUACCAGCUCAUUGAGUACCUCAGCAAAAAUCUGCAUGUGGAGGGUCUGUUCCGAGUGCCGGGGAACAGUGUUCGGCAGCAGGCCCUGAAGGAGCUCCUGAACAGCGGAGGUGAUGUCGACCUGGAGUCUGGAGACUUUCACCCCAAUGACGUGGCCACGCUGCUCAAGACUUUUCUGGGAGAGCUGCCCGAGCCCUUGCUCACACACAGACACUUCCACGCACACCUAAAGAUAGCUGAUAUGACUCUGUUUGACGAUCAAGGCAACAAGACUGCGAUACCCAACAAAGAGCGUCAAAUCGAGGCGCUGCAGCUCCUCUUCCUGCUGUUACCGCAGGCCAACCGCUCACUGCUCAAACUGCUGCUGGACCUGCUCUACCACACUGCCAAGCAGCAGGACAAGAACAAGAUGUCCGCCUUCAACCUGGCCCUCAUGUUUGCCCCGCAUGUCCUGUGGCCCAGACAUAUGACAGCAGGUGACCUAAAGGACAACCUGAAGAAACUCAACAACAGCAUGGCAUUCCUCAUCAAACACUCACAGAAACUCUUCAGGGCUCCAGUCUACCUGCGGGAAUACGCCCGAGUGCACUUUACUGGGACCAAGGUUCUUCAGACCAAGGACGAUCUGGAGCUGCUGGCGGCGAGCAGCUCUCCUGCUCAGCGGACUGUGUUGCCCCUAAAGAGGACGGCCGUUCUGGGCCCCAGCUCUCAGGAGCAGUGCCAGUCACCAGCUCAACAGUACACAGAAGAGGCCCUGAAGGAGCUCUUCAGACACGUCCACCACAACAUGCCAGACUCCGCCAAGAAGAAGAAACUCGUCCGACAGUUGGUCAAACAGACGACCUCAGGCACGCCUACCAACGAGCACCGCCAGGGCCCCCCAGCUCCCAGCAAGAAACACCCCCGUUCACGGUCCUUUGGCGGCCUCAUCAAGCGCAAAGCUCGUGGGGAGCAGCUGACAGCGGAGCGGCGGGUCAGACACAUCUCCCCUGACGCUGUGACCGGAGCCGGAAGAAAACCUGGAAAAGAGAACGUCAUCCUUCAAGGGGUAUCACUCUUAGAUUGA